AUGUUGGAUGUAUCGAACUCCUCAGCUUGGGAAACCCUGUCGGAGGACGAACCUCCGCUGUGCAUCGCACUUCGACGCCCAGUGUCACCUCCACGCCACUAUGAGGCGGUAAACCGUUGUGGAGGAGCACAUGCGAUGUCACCUGUGAAUGGGCUCGUGUUCCUAAAUGAUAGUGAACUGUUGAGCGUUGGUCAAGAUGCGAACAUUAAGCACUGGAAGAUAAAUCUCAUAUAG